CUACACAGUCUUACCUGGAUUCUCAGUACACCCUGUCCUCGCCGUCCCGCAAGUCAAGGUGCCUUUUCGUUGAGCAUCGUAAGCUAGUCUCCUCACGUCUUCCUCGCGGCCUACCUUCAUAAUGGCGCAAGCAACCAGCCCGAAAGGUCCCGCUACCUACAAGGACAAUCAGGACCGUGCUUACAACUCAAAGGCAAAGAUGCUGAUUUACGGUGGCGACGAGCGUCCGGAUACGCCGCAGCACAUCGGCAAGAAGAGCGUUAAUAAGCGCGACGGCUUGGGUGCCCCGUUCGCCACCUACAACGACGACGUCGCGAAGCCCGAGGACGCCUCCAAGGACUACCACUCCAAGCCCAAGACGAAGGACGGCGCCUCCAAACCGACGGGGGCGGCCUUCAACGCGGACGUCUAUCGCGAGCAGCUAGCCAACAACUACACAAACAUGCAGGCGAGCAAGGCCCGCAACUACGGCGGCAGCAACAUCUUCGGCGGGCCUACCAACUAAAGCAACAUCCCCCAUGCAUGGAGGAGCGGGAGGCUCAUCAGCUGGAGGCUGCAAUGCACAUAGAAGGGGCAGUGGAAGUCGCUAGGGAAGCCUGAGUGGGCCGGAUGCCAGGCGCCAUGUGUGCAGCGGUUUGGGACCAGUCUGGGUUGCAGCGCUAUCCUGAAUUGCGCGCGCGCUUUUUCCAUUGGGCGAGCUGUUGCGGCUACCAUAUGUAGAUAUGCCCGAUAGGGAGGUAGCCGCGGCGCCGAUUGCCUGUGUUUCUGAGCAUGUAUCGUCAAGGACCUUGUGAUGUAGUGGUGUUUGGUUUGAGCAAGUGCGCAACGUUGCUCGAUACCUGUAAAUUUGAACUGAGCACUGGGCUAAGUGCACGGAAGUGAUCCCGUACACCCGCUGAUCACGUUUAAUUAGUGGUUCGUUCGUGUCGACUGACAAGAGUGUUGUUUGGAUGUGUCGCGAUGCUACGUGUCUGGUGUAUCGGGAGCACGAUCGCUGCACAUGCGUUUGACCGUGCAGUGACACGCUCUUGCCAUUCAUUCGUUUUGCAAGAAGUGGCUGCUACAGGCGGCAGGCGGUGCACAUCACGGAAGUGCCACAGGGUUGAAGCUGGCACAGCCAGACAUGCUGCAAGGAUUCCCCGUCUGCCUGUAAAUUUGCUUGUUU